AUGAAGUAUUUUCCAGCAACACUUAUUUCUCGAGGUUUCCUGCGAAUUAUCAGGAUCCUUGUUAUCAUCAUAGCAAUAUAUGGAUUACUAUACCAUUUUUCAAUAAAUCUUUCUUUACCUACACAACCAAUAAGUUAUUUUCCAGAACUUGUCAGUCUUGAAAGAUUACUAGGCUCAAAUCAAACUAUAGACAAUAAAUUUGCUGAUAAUGUUUACGAACGUGCCAAUGCCACAUUUGUUACGCUUGCAAGAAAUGAAGAUCUUUUCGACCUUCUGGCUGCAGUUCAAUCAGUCGAAUACAGUUUUAACAGCAAAUACAAAUACGAUUGGAUUUUUUUUAAUGACAAAGAAUUUUCACCAAUAUUUAAAAGAUAUUUUUCGAAAUUAGUUUCAGGGAAAGCUGAAUUCCACAUCCUUGAUGAACAAUAUUGGGGAUACCCAGAUUGGGUUGACCUUGAAAAAGCCAAAAAAAGUAGAGAAGAUUUGGUAGCCAAAAAAAUCAUUUACGGUGGUUCAGAGUCUUACCGCCACAUGUGUCGCUUCGAAUCGGGGCUUUUCUAUCGUCAUCCUGCCCUCAACAACUACAAAUAUUACUGGCGUGUUGAACCAGGUGUCAAAUACACCUGUCUUGCAGACAAAGACUACUUCAAAUAUAUGGAAGAAAAUGACCUCACUUAUGGAUUUACCAUUUCUCUUAUUGAACAUCGGAAAACCAUACCUUCCCUUUGGAAUACCACUCUUAAUUUUCUUCACCAAAACCCUCAGUUUAUUCACGAAAACAAUUUCAUUGAUUUUAUUACCGACGAACACAUGACGGAAUAUAAUUUAUGUCACUUUUGGUCAAACUUUGAAAUUGCUGAUCUGGACUUUUAUCGCAGUGAAGCCUAUUCAAAAUACUUUGACUAUCUGGAUGCAUCAGGAGGGUUUUUUUAUGAGCGUUGGGGAGAUGCACCAGUUCAUUCAAUUGCUGCUUCUAUUUUCCUUAAUAAAACAAAGAUUCACCAUUUUGAUGACAUUGGCUACGAACAUCCACCAUUUCAAUCAUGUCCAUCAUCGGAACAAACUCGCUUGAACAAUAAGUGUGUUUGCAAUCCAAAGAAAAGUUUCACAUGGUCACCAAGAUCAUGCGUGGGCCGUUAUUACCGAUUACAGGGCAAACUUAGACCUAAAAAUGAAAUUACUCCCAAUAUUGAUGAACCGAUAUCUGACGGCUCAAAUAAGCUUGAAGAGAUUAAAGAGAAGAUUAAAACAAAUUUAGAAGAUAAAAAAAGUAAUAAAAAAAAGGGCGGUUCAUAA